CCAAGCUCAUCAGCGUUCGAAUUUGAAGUUUUGAACCCAUUUGGCGCCUUCUCCCCAUUUGUACGGCCGAUACAGUGGCACGUCUCUGUGUUUCGAGUCGUUCUUCCCAGGUCCAUCGUCCCAAAUUAACAUGACCCCAGAGAAUCUCCUCCUCCGUCCUCUCAUCACCCAGAAAUGUACACUUGGCUGCCCCGUCCUCGACCGCUGUCUCGGUGGCGGCAUUCCCUGCAAUUCAAUAACCGAGCUCGUCGCCGAGAGCGGUUGCGGCAAGACCCAGCUAUGCCUCCAGUUGGCUCUCACCGCCCAGCUCCCGAUCUCCCUUGGCGGUCUCUCUGCCUCCUCUAUGUACAUCCACACCGAAUUCCCUUUCCCCUCUCGCCGCCUGCACCAACUCUCUCUCGCCUUCCGCUCUUCCCACCCUCCGAUUUUCGGCGGUGAUCCCUGUGAUUAUAUAUUUGUUCAGGGCGUGCAUUCUGCGGACCAACUGCUCGGUAUAAUGGCAAAGAUGGAACAGUUUGUAGAAAACUCGAGAACCCAGUUGCCGGUUAGGCUUAUUGUGAUCGACUCCAUAGCUGCGCUCUUUCGUUCCGAGUUUGAUAACACCCCGGUUGAGCUUAAGCGGAGGUCGUCGCUUUUUUUCAAGAUUUCCGGGAAAUUGAAGUCCUUGGCGAAGAGGUUUGGCUUGGCGGUUGUGGUGACGAACCAAGUGGUGGAUCUGGUUGAGCCCGAGGGGAUUAAUGGGUUGAGGAUUGGGAAUCUGGCAUCUUUGUGUUCGUCGGGAAGACGAGUAUGUCCCGCUUUGGGACUAGCGUGGGCGAACUGUGUGAAUUCAAGGUUGUUCUUGGCGAGACAUGAGGAGGUCGAUAAAGAAGAGAAUGAGUUGGUGGAUGUGAAUUUGCAGAGCACACGAUCAAGACGGCGACUUCACGUUGUUUUCGCUCCUCAUUUGCCCGAGUCUUGUUGUGAGUUUGUGAUAACAAGGAAAGGGAUUUUUGGAGUUGAGAGGGAGCAAACUGCUGCAAAGAGAAACGAGCCUUAGGUCUAGUUUUUAAGUUUUGGGGUCCUCUCAUUUUUUGGGUGCAGCAGUAGCAGAAAUUCGAGCGGCCUGGAAUUAGAGCAACUUUUCAUCAUCUCAUUUCCUUCAGAAUAUCCCAGAUCCAGUAUCCCAACGGCAGACUCAACAUAUCUCACAUUUGCAUGAACAGGACAAUCGGAAUCGCUUUGGGUCCUUCUUCACAAUAUUCUGAUCAGCCCUCUCCCUCCAACCUACCAACGGAUUCAACAUUUUGAUCCUGACCCGUGAGUGGUUCCCACCCGCUCGUGCCCUCAUUGCCUUCGCCGCCUCCCAACAGAACAGCCAUCCCUCCGCUGCUUCAUCCCUCAAUGCAUAUGCCAACUCAGUACCCGCCUCUCCCUGCAACAACCCCCUUGCCGCCUUGAGCACUCGAGUGUUACUACUGCUUUCUUAGAAGAUGUGGGAGGAGUGAUAUAUUUAGUUAUAAUCACUUUGUGUUAUGAAGAUGUUGAGACAAUUUUAUUUGAUUGUGAGCAUCUGAAGGCGCGAGACUUUGGUUUGGCAUGCAAGGUUGUGCAUUAUUGUUCACUUAUGUGCAGGUCUAGAAAUUGUCUGCAUAAUUCUA